CGUACUUCUAUUAUUAAGCCUGCCGGUCAAGGCGGCCAAGCAAGGCCCAACUCGUCGACCUAAGGACUGAAAAAGGCGACUUAUUUGCAUGGUUCAUGAAACCGUACCGUACCGACGGUUCAACCACGAAAUAUUAGUAUCAGAUACUAAAUUGGUAGGCGGUAUUUAACGGUCUAACAAUUCAACUACGGUAAAACCACGAUUUUAUCAUAAAAUAUCAUACCGCUAACUUUUCUUGUACGGUACCCGAUACGGUUUCAUGGACCAUGCUUAUUUGGAGAUGGUGGCAGAGAGGGAGAGGAGAAAGAGGGAUGGGAUGGGUUGGGUUGGAUUGGGGUGUUGGGUAAUUGGGUUGGUUACAAGCUUUUUUAUUGGUUUAGUUUUUUUAAAUAACUUUGUUUGAUGACAUGCAUGCUGAUUGAACGGCUGACUAGAUCAAAUUAACAUAUUUUUGGAUGGAGAAUGAUGAAAUAACCGUUUUGAUAUUCGCUUAAAUACUGAUAACCGUUUGGAUGGAGAAUGAUAAAUUAAAAAUUUGACACCGUUUUGUACUGAACACAAAAGUUUGUGAUCUAAUUACCCAGAGAUUCACCGAUUGUCAAUUUAGUUUUGGAGUCCGAUUAGAAAAAUCCAAUCCUUGAUGUAGAAAUCAAUAAAUAGCAGCGGGAUGGCUCGCCGGCGGCGAGCUGAGAUCCCGCAGUGGUAAGCCUCUGUUUCGUUUGCUUGUUUAUCUAUCAGAUCUGUUUCUCUCUGUUUCCGGCCUCCCUCUGUCCUACCUUGUUCCGGAGUGGGCAAUCCGACUCCGAUCAGUGGAAGGAAGAGAUCCACGGAAUCUCUAUUUUGUUUAGGAGUCCCAUUGGAAAAAACCCAAUCUUUGAUUCAGAAAUCAAUAAAUAGCAUCUGGGAGCUUACUGUCUUGGCCAGAUUAAUCCUUCCCGACGGAGUAAUAAGAACGGCCGAUGAUGGCGGAAUCUAACAAUUGGUCUGAACUGCCGGUGGAGCUCCUCUGUAUGGUCGAUCAACGGCUGUUCAAGUUGAAGGAUGCCAUCCGAUUUCGUGCCACUUGCAAGUCGUGGAGACGAACCCUAAAUUCGGAUCGUGGUGGGAAGUUUAGGCAAUCCUUGCCGUGGCUGAUGCUUCCGUAUUGCAGCGGCGACGCUAAUAGUAUGAUGGCGGCCGAGGGAUGUAAAGGCAGCGAUAGCUGUAGGCGGUUUUUCGAUGUGGCCGAGCAAAAAUUUCACCACAUCGAGUUGCCACAAGUCCUAGACAAAACGACCUGCCGCGGCUCUGCUUUCGGCUGGGUGCUUACUCUGCAGAGGACGCCAUUGAUGUUCUUGCUGAACCCUCUGACCGGAGAUCAGAUCGCGCUGCCCCCCAUCACGAGUUUUCCUGACGUGUUGAAGUUCCGCCCGGAGAAAAUCGGCCAUGAGUACUUGUGGCUCGAUGGUUCUGGCGACAAGAGAGCCAAGGGAAAGAAGUCCUUUGAGUCUGGAUCCAUAACCAAGAUGGCUCUCUCGGCUGACCCUGCUGCUGGGGAGAAGAAGGACUUUGUUGUGAUGGUUAUACGCCGCGGCCUUGAUGAUGAGAGGCUAGCGUUUUGCAGACCUAGGGUUGAGGAAGCAACAUGGACGUUGGUUCCUCGCCUGGGGCCGCGCCCAGUUGCUUUUACGGAUGUUGUGUUCUGGAGGGGUCAAUUCUACGUCUUGGACAACUUCUUCAGGCUUUUCGUUUGCGAUGUUUCCAUCGCAGGAGGUCAUCCAAGACUCCGAUUGUUGAUCGACCGCAAAAGAACUACCGAUUUGUCCGAGAAUUACUACCUAUCGGUGAGUCCAACGGGAGAUGAAUUGAUGAUGGUAACUAGAAAUAUAAGGUACCCCGAGGACGAGGAUGUGCACCAGCACGAGGACGUGGGCGAGGAUGUGGACCAUCAUGUUCAUCUUUUUCCGAUUCCUCACGACGUGGAGGAUGAUGAAGCUGACAGAAUCGCUCCUGACGAGGACUCAGACGACGAACGCCGUGUUGAUCCCGAGGUGAGUUUAGAUAGGAGGGUCCAAUGGACGAUUCGGUUCAAAGUUUUCAAGCUGAACGAGGAGACAAAGAAAUGGGAUGAGGUUAGAAGCAUUGGCGAGUAUGCUCUCUUCCUGGGCUUCAACACUUCAACCUUCGUCUCUGCUCGAGAUCACCCCGAGAUUGUGCCGAAUUCCAUCUAUUUCACGGACGAUAUGCUUGACUACCAUUACAAGAAGCUGCUCGGGGGUUCUGACAUGGGGAUUUUCAGCCUCUCCACCGGCAGCGUGCAGCCGUUAUACGAUGUGAGAUCAGUUCAUAAUAACCCUCAAUUCAUCUCUCCAUUCCCUGUCUGGUUCUUGCCGUCCAAAUUUUUGUUUGAUGUCAGUCAUUUUCUUUUUAGUAAAAGAGCUUUUCGUGUACUUCGAUGUAGGGAUGGCAAAUUACCCACCCAUGGGUAAUUAUACCCAAAUCCAAGUAGACCCAUUGAUAAUGGGUUGGGUAUGGGUGAAGUGCAUAUGGAUUUGGAGGUUUAUAGAUGGGUUUGGGUUUGGGGCUUCCAUAAUCUAAAUGGGUAUGAGUUGGAUAUGGAUAUCCAUUUACUUGAGGGUGUUUUAACUACUCAUGCAAAAAUUGGACCUAUUUGUAAAACUUGAAAAGUUUAGGUACCAAAAUGUAAGACCAAAAAAUUUAGGUACCAAAACGUAAUUUUCCAUCGAUAUUUUGAGGACUUAUAUGCAAACAAAAUUAAUUUUAGGUACUAAAUAUGCAUAUCUAUUAAGUUUGGGUACCAAACUGUAAUUUGUAUUUGGGCAUGGGUACAAACCCAAAUCCAUUUGAUAUAAAUCCAACUCAACCCAAAGUAAAUGGGUAUGGGUACAAACACAUCAAACUCUACCCAUAUCCAUCUAUUUGGAUUUCAUACCCAACCCAAUUGGGUUGGAUAGUAAGAAACCCAUGGGUAUGGGCAAAGUUGCCAUCCCUACUUCGAUGUCAGGUUUUUGUGUACUCUAUCUAAGCAGGACAAUGCUCAUCGUGUACUGAUAUUUGUGAUCAUUGUUUUACUCUUAGAAAAUAAGACGAGAGGUGUGGUCGAUCAUUCUGAUCAUUAGGUUUUUCUUGGGUCCCGAUGCUGUUUUCUAAUACUGCAGAUGGAUGCAUCUGCCAUAUUAUUAUGUUUCAGCACUUAUAUAACAUCAAUAUUCAAAUGUUCAACUUAGGAUUCCAAAAAUUGAGUUAGGCGAAAAGAAAAAUCGAAAAAUAGUCGCAUUUCGCAAACCAAAGAAAAAAAAAUGACACAAUUUGACCUCCAACCAGGUACCUUGUAACGGUUGAACCGACAAGUGCGUACGACCCGUUUUCCUCACCGGAUCAGGGUGAAAGUGGGUCGACCCACGGGUUGACAACCUUGAUCGCUACUCAUUUGAUUGACACAUGCAACACAGUUCGGCAUGACCUAUCCCGAACUAUUUUAAUUGAAAAUUAUUCAUCUGUUUUUUGGUUUCAAUACAUAUGAUAAAGCAUACUUUAGUGUAGCUAGUUCUAAUUUUGAACCAUUAUUAAAAAUGUCAUGCUCUUUAUUUGUGUUAAGAAAAUUUGUACCUUUCAGUUAUCUUGAGAUAUCUGCACCGUCCGAAACCUGUUGCCAUUUCCGAACUGCUAGGGGAGCCGGGAGCCCAGCAGCUCAUCGUGCUCAGGAUUUGUACACUUUUGAUAUGAAAAAGACUUGUCAUCUUUAUAACCAGACUCAUAAUGCAAAAAAGAAUUCUCAUCCACCGACCUGAAAGUAGAGAGUAAAUGUUAGUGUGCUUGAUAAAGUUCAAAACAUUGAUACCAAAGUCAUCAAUCAGAAGUAAUAAAGGCAUUUUCAUCAGGAUGUAACAACCAGCCAUAAUGGCUCCUUUUCAAUAAGAAAACUGCCAGAACCAAUUCAUGAAGUAGUGGGGGGGCCUUGCCUUUGGACUUUCAUUUAUUGCCUAAGCCCAGAUGUCAUAGCUAGGGAGCUGCUGCAAAUCUCAAGCUGUCAGUACUGCACGAGACGAGAGAGGACUGCAAAACCUACAGUUUCAUUAGAAAGGGACAAGGAAAUUACACCAGUAACCGAAGUUAGAGGCCAUUAUUUCAAUGUUAACCCCACCAGUUAGUAACAUAAUAAAGUGGGAUGAAUGCUAAUGGAAAUGGUGACAACUGACAAGUAUUGUGUAGCUGGAUCAUAUGAUAUAACCAGUGUUUGCGAAAUCGUAUCAGAGACUGAACCAGCGAGGCUAACUAUUCAAGAACUUACGAUAAUACACAUUGAUAAACUGU